CGUCCCGUCCCGUCCCGCCGCUGUUGCGCGCCCGCGGAGCGGAGCCCGGCGGCGGCCCCGUGGGGGAGAGAGCGAGAGCUCACGAGGCACCAUGGAAAUGGCUGUUGCAGAGGCUGUGCUCAUGCCUGUCAACCUCACCUCCAGCAACCAGAGCAGCUGCAACGUGCACAACCACCACUUCUCCGCCAAAGUCACUUUCUCCCUGUUCUACACUGCCCUGCUGGUGUUCGGCGCCUGCGGGAACAUCCUGGCUCUCUGCAUCACCUUCCAGCGCAGGAAGAAGAAACUCAACUCCACUGACCUCUACCUGGUGAACCUGGCCCUCUCCGAUGCCCUCUUCACGCUGGCCCUGCCCGGCAGGAUUGCCUACUAUGUCCUGGAGUUUGACUGGCCAUUUGGGGACUGGUUCUGCCGGGCCACAGCCUUCAUUUUCUACAUGAACACCUAUGUGGGCAUCUACUUCAUGACCUGCGUGAGCGUGGACCGCUACAUCGCCGUGGUGCGCACCAAGCACCCUGGCAGGAUCCGCAAGAUGAGCCGUGCCAGGGGUGUCUGUGUCCUCAUCUGGUCCUUGGUGUUCCUGCAGACAGCGCCGCUGCUCCUGCGGCCCAUGACACGGAGGAUGGGGGACAAGCUGACGUGCAUGGAGUACUUCAACUUUGAGGAGAUUCCCAAGCUGCCCUAUCUGCUCCUGGGGGCCUGUGUGUUUGGCUUCUUCCUGCCUGUGGGCAUCAUCUUGGUGUGCUAUGUGAGGAUCAACCUCAAGCUCUGCCAGACAGCCAAGGAGAACCCGCUGACGGUGAAGAAUGGGCACCACCGCCGGGCCUUCACCAUCAUCCUAGUGGUGCUGUUGGCUGUCCUGCUCUGCUUCAGUCCCUACCACCUCAAUAUAGUCCAGUUCAUGGUCAGGAAGAUCCUCUACCAGCCGUCCUGCCGCGAACAGCAAGCCUUCAAGAUGUCCCUGCAAGUCACUGUGGCAUUCAUGAACCUCAACUGCUGCAUCGACCCCAUCAUCUACUUCUUCGCCUUCCGGGGCUACAAGCGGAGGCUGCUUCGCAUCUUCAGGAACAGCGGCUCGAUGACCUCCUCCUCCACUGCCAAGACCCCCUCUGAGAGCAACAGCAACAGCCACAGCCAGCCGCCUGGCUCCAUCUCUGUCUAAUGGCACAACCCCCUCCCUUUCGCUCUGGCCUGCAGCUUAUGGACCAUGCCCGAUGGCAGGAGCUAGAGCUGGGCUGCAAGGACCAGCACCUCCAACAGGCUCCAUCGCUCCCCUACCCGAAGCCAGGGGCUCUCACAAAGCCAAUUCAGCUGGGACAUAGCCUGGCCUGGCUCUGUGCUCAGCACCACUGGACCCACCAUCCUGGAGCACAGAGAGGUCCAUUUGCAUCCCAUCCCCAGAGGAGGUAGCUUGUGCAACCACCCUGGCUGGCAAACCCAGCUGGGGGUUUCUCAGCACUGCACCACACCACCCUCCCUCCCCGGCCUGCAUUCCCUGCGGGACUGGUGGCUGCUGGUGACCACCAUGGCUACCCUGCCUCUCUGUCCUGGAGCACUGGGGCAGCAUUCCCACAGGCCUUGGGGCAGCUGGUGUGGUGCACAUGGACUCAGGGCAUUUCAGGAAAAGGCUGGGAUGUUAACUUCUGUGCAGAAAGUUGUCUA